GUCCGCUCCGUGUAAUCUGUGCACCAGUUUGUGGAGUUCCUGCGAAUUUACCUCGUCCUCAGCUAUAAGCCACCCAGAAAUCUAUGCAGCUGGGCACCUAUGUUAGCGCUUGUGGAAUAAAACCUUAUAACCAAAGCACGAGGCGCUUUUGCAAUUCUCCGCCACGUGUGGCACUAAGGUGACGUCACCCUCGACCUGAGGCGCAGAGCCCACAACGCAACCAUGCGUUUAACCCUUCUUCGACAGUUGCGGAACCUAACUCCUCAGAGACAUAAACAAGCUAGUCGCGUUCGAUCGUCGCCGCUUUCACAGCUUAGCUCAUGUCUGAUGGGAAUUCCGUGUGAGUAAUGAGAUUGUUACGCCUCUCUUAUUUGGUUUAGUAAGAGCGCGUGAACCGCUGAGCACCGUCAUAUCACGCACUAGGCUCCAAUGGGUGGGUCACGUGUUGCGCGUGCCAGCACACCGACUCCCGCGUCGUGCGGUGUUUUCGUUACGGGGGUGUGGAUACACAAAGAGGAGAGGAGGUCAAGUGAUAACUUGGUCAAGAGGAAUGAAGACAUUCACUUCGAAGUUAACAUCGUUUGAUGCAUCCUGACCGCCUGGGGUCCGAAGAAUGAUGACCACGUUUGGUUGGACACACUUGUUCACUUGACGAUGAGCCGAUCUCGAAUGACAUUCAUAUUGGUAAGCUAUGUCGCGCAAUGGAGGAAAUCGACGGCCUUGCAAAGUUUCGGGUCGACAAGUGGGAACGGAAAUCGGGCGGUGGCGGCGUCACCUGCGUGAUGGAAAAUGGGGCCGUGUUCGAAAAAGCCGGAGUGAACGUUAGCGCAAUUCAUGGUACUCUCGGACCUGCUGCUUUGAAGGAGAUGCGAGCUAGACAUAAAGAAAUUGAACUUGACAAGGAGUAUGCUUUUUUCGCUUGUGGCAUCAGUUCAGUCAUACAUCCGCUCAAUCCGUAUGUACCCACCACGCACUUCAACUUCCGUUAUUUUGAAAUUGCUCUCGGUGAUGGUCGCACAUGUUGGUGGUACGGAGGUGGAUCGGAUCUUACUCCGUACUAUUUGUUCGAAGAGGAUGCGCGGCACUUUCACAUGCAGCUAAAACGAGCAUGCGAUGCGCACAAUGCAUCUUACUAUGAUUGUUUUAAAAAGUGGUGUGACGAGUACUUCUUCCUUCAGCAUCGCGGUGAGACACGAGGCGUAGGCGGAUUAUUCUUCGAUGAUUUCGAAGGAGAUUCGCAUCAGGAUGCUUUUGGAUUUGUGAGGUCUUGUGCCGAAGCUAUCAUCCCAUCUUAUCUGCCAAUUGUGAAGAAGCGAAAAGAUAUGCCUUAUGGAGAAUUAGAGCGUGAAUGGCAGCUAGUUCGUCGCGGGCGAUAUGUGGAGUUCAACCUCAUCUACGAUCGUGGAACCAAGUUCGGCUUGGCCACUCCUGAGGCCCGAAUCGAGAGCAUUCUCAUGUCUCUCCCACUUCAUGUGCAAUGGGUCUACUGCUACGACGACACCAAGGAUCCACGUAACCGAAAUCUCCUAGAGGUGCUCCGAACACCUCGUGAAUGGAUUUGAGUCCAGUUUGUUUCCUCGCGUGUUAAACAUCCUUUUCCACAUUCUUUAUGUCUGCUGGCUCGGCUACUUUUGGCAGACUGCCUUAAAAUACAUUCGUUCUGAUUCCAUUCCUCUGUUCUCUCACAUACCGUUCCUGUUUCUUUUCGUUCGAAGGACUUUCAAAAUUUCCUACUUUGUGCAAUACCGUUUCUUACAACAAAGAUGUUUGUCGGUUUGUUUAUGUUGUUUUCCCGGUUUAUUUUAAGGCAUUUUAAGGGGUCUACAGUUAGGAUAUUUGAAGAAAUGCUUUAGAAUAUCAACAAAGGGUUGGCGAGCAUAUUUGCUUUCAUUUGUUCAACAUAAAGUUGAUACACCGCUACAGCUUAUGUAUGUGCUAGACAUCGACCCAUCAAAAAGCAUAUAGUGAGUGUAGGUACUAAGUGCACGAAUCACCGAGAAGGAAAUGAAUAAAAAUGAAGCUGUUUUUUUACGCCUUUUGUCUGUUAAAUGAUUGUGUUGUUGAUCACUUAUAUCAAGUCAAAUUCACUCAGAUCUUCCAUUGAACCCGAUUUCGCGCCAUUUUUAUGGAUUUAUGUACAGUAGUGUCCUGGAUCUUCCGGCCGGAAGACGCAGUGGUCCGGAAUUCAUCGCUUUGACCAUAUGGUAAACUGAACACCGCACCAUUUCUUUCAGCGCGGUCUUGUACUGGCCAAUAGGGCGCGCCGUGGUAGUCCUUUGUGCGGCAUUCAUAGGACUAGGUCCGACAUAAAUCAAAGGAUCGAAAUGUCUAAUCGGUCGGGCUGUUAGUCCCAUCGUGGUCAAGUCGGGGGAUGUGGGGUAAUCGCUAUCGUUCGUCUAGGUUAGAUGGUCUGUGUUAAUUUGUUUUGUGCGUAUAGGUUUUGGAAACGAAUGGUGAUUACCUUUGCUGUCUCCUGUAGUGUUCGUGGGUGCAGUUUAUUCGCUGCAAGGCAUGAUACGAGUUAGCUUUGCGCUUAAUAUUCAAUUGGAUAUGGCAACACUGCAUUCGUCAAAAUUCUUAUCGCACCGUUAUACAGACAAAUCGGGCUAGGUUCUUGGGCCCUUACGCACAAUCACCUACUUGUUUUCCCAAGAUGCCUUGCUCGCUACGAGUAACAGAGAGCAUAUACAUGAAGAAGAUUUGUAGCUGCAGUAUUCUGUUCCCGCGUUGUUGGCGCACAUGUGUUGAGAUGGAGCUUGUCGUGACAGUCCUCCGAAAAUUAAAGACGAAGUCUGGGCCUCGAUCAAAAAUUUGUUACUCACACGACAACACGAUCAUUUGAUGUCUCGCAUGGAUUCACAUCACUCGCAAAUGUGACGCAUUUCCUCUUGCUACUGCUUCCUUAGCCUGCACUUGAGCUUUGUUAACCUCAGUCCAAAUUGAAUAUGUGCUAUUCAUCCAGACCGUGUAAUUGCCAGUGAUCGACUAACCUUCAAGCUGUUGACCCCAUGUCUGCUCAACUCGCAUGGACAUCGUACUACCUCCAAAUGCGCCGUUUUCUUUUGUAGUUCUCAUGUUGCAUGUCUCGUAUUCUUCUCCACUGCGAUCUUGCGGUGUCAGCUGGUUGGUUCUGCUGCUCCGCACGAUGCAUAGUAUUAUUAACUCAUCGCCUCCUCAGGUACACUCCAUUCCGUCGAAUGACGCUAAUCUCGAUCCUUACUUCAUAGCUUUUCUCUCCCUUACAACCUUCAAUCACUCCCCACAUUUAACACCUUUCAAAUCCAGAAAUCGGUUCAACCCAUACUUCGUCCUCAUCAUCAUCAUUCUACACGUUAGCUGCAGAUGGAAAACACCUCAGCUGUUGUGCCGCAAUAC